AUGAGGCACCUGCCAAACCCAAAUGCCAUUACUCAUGCUGGAAAGAUCGAUCACAUCCUUAGACGCAUAUACACAAAUCACACGUGCAUAUACUACCGCGCUCUUCUGGAAACGCAGAACACGUUGAGGUCGUACGUCUCCAACUUCACCUUUAACCUGGGAUUUUCUGGGAAAUUCUUUCAUACCGGUACGCAGGAGGAAGAUGAUGGAGAUGAUCUGUUGCUGAAAUAUGUUGAUGAAUUCUGGUGGUUUCCUCAUAUGUGGAGUCAUAUGCAGCCUCAUCUCUUCCACAAUGAAUCCUCUCUGAUGGAACAAAUGAUCCUGAACAAAGACUUUGCUUUGGAGCAUGGUAUUCCCGUAGAUUUGGGAUAUGCAGUGGCCCCUCAUCAUUCCGGAGUUUAUCCAGUGCACAUUCAGCUGUAUGAGGCUUGGAAGAAAGCAUGGGGAAUACAAGUGACCAGCACCGAGGAAUAUCCACACCUCAAACCUGCACGCCACCGCAAGGGGUUCAUUCAUAACAACAUCAUGGUUCUGCCCCGUCAGACAUGCGGUUUAUUCACACACACCAUCUUCUAUAAAGAGUAUCCAGGUGGCCCUAAAGAACUAGACAAAAGCAUUCGAGGAGGAGAGCUCUUUCUGACCGUCCUGCUCAAUCCUAUCAGUAUAUUUAUGACUCAUCUCUCCAACUAUGGGAACGACCGCUUGGGAUUAUAUACGUUCACUAAUCUGGCAAACUUCCUGAAAUGCUGGACCAACCUGAGGCUGCACACACUUCCUCCACUGCAGCUCGCGCACAAGUACUUCACACUCUUUCCGGAGCAGAGAAACCCGCUGUGGCAGAACCCAUGCGAUGACAAACGGCAUAAGGACAUCUGGUCCAAAGAGAAGACCUGCGACAGGCUGCCCAAAUUCAUGGUGGUCGGGCCUCAGAAGACAGGCACGACGGCUCUCUACCUCUUCCUGAUCAUGCAUCCCUUUAUCUCCAGCAACUUCCCCAGUGUCAAAACAUUUGAGGAGGUUCAGUUUUUCAACACCAACAACUACCAUAAAGGCAUCGACUGGUAUAUGGAGUUCUUUCCAGUUCCAUCUAAUGUCAGCACUGAUUUCCUGUUUGAGAAAAGCGCAAAUUACUUUCCAUCAGAGGAGACGCCCAAACGAGCCGCUGCUCUCCUUCCCAAAGCCAAGAUCCUCACGCUGCUCAUCAACCCUUCAGACCGGGCAUACAGCUGGUACCAGCAUCAGAGGGCUCAUGAAGACCCAGCAGCUCUGCAGUUCAGUUUCUACGAGGUGAUAUCAGCAGAUAAUCAGGCUCCUCCUGAGCUGCGCUCUCUGCAGAACCGCUGUCUCAUACCCGGACUCUACGCCACGCACCUAGAGAGAUGGCUUACAUACUACCCUCCAAACCAGCUGAUGAUUAUUGAUGGACAGCAGCUGAGAAAUGACCCAGCUAAAGUGAUGGACGAGCUUCAAAAAUUUUUGGGUGUCACUCCAUAUUACAACUACUCCCAGGCGUUGACGUUUGAUCCUCAGAAGGGCUUCUGGUGUCAGCUGUUGGAAGGCGGCAGAACUAAGUGUUUGGGGAAGAGCAAGGGCCGCAAAUACUCACCCAUGGACUCUGAGUCACGAGCGUUUCUCUCCAGGUACUACAGGGAUCAGAACAUUGAAUUAUCUAAGCUGCUGCACAGACUGGGUCAACCGUUACCAGCCUGGCUCAGAGAAGAGCUCCAGAAGGUCAGGUAGCCCAAACCAAACCAGCGCCCCUCUGGGUCAAAGAUCCAGCUUCACCCCUCAAAGGAAAAAGUGGUCAAUUGAACAAUACCUGCAAGGUCAAAAAUUCAACCCACCAAUCAAUGGAAGCGGUGUGAUCAUCUAGUGUUUUUGGAUGAUCAAAAAGGUCGAAUUUUGUGGGCGAGAUACGGUGAUGUUACUGUGACCCUUGAACUUCAAAUGCAGCCAGACAAAAUCUGCAUAAUGACUGAAAAGAAAUAAAAUAUAAACCUCGACACACUUCCUGCUAUAUUUACUGUCGCUUCAUCAGACACUGGAUAUAAAAGUAUGGCUUUAGAUUUUAUACGUCAUCAUUGAGAGAUUAAGAAGUGCACAACUACUGUUCAUAACCUCACUCUUGCGAAUAUAUCAGUCAAUCAAUCUAUCAGCCAAUCAAAGCAAAGAUGCAAAGUGAUAUGAAUCAACAUGGAGAAAUGAAGAGAGCAGUGAAGUUUGCUGCGUCAGAUUUAAACCGGUCAAUGGAGUGAUGUCAUUGUGAUGUCAAUGUCUCAGUCCACAUCCCAAUUACUGUUGUUAGAUGAUGAGCUGAAGAGAAAUCAUUUCAGUUUGUUGUGUGUGCUAGUGUGUGUGUGUGUGUGUGUGUGUGUGUGUGUGUGUGUGUGUGUGUGUGUGUGUGUGUGUGUGUUCGUGCGAAUGGGCAUAUGUCUGUUGCCAGGUAGCCUUAGCCCCGCCCACUGGACUGCAACUGGUUGGCUGAUGAAUUUGAAGUGUGACUUUUAUUUUUUAAAACAAUUUGCCUCAAUACAGUGAGAAAGUGCUUUGAGAAAUAUGUAAAUAACUAUAUAUAUAUUCAAUAAACACUGGAGAGAUUCA